UCACUAGUGCCAUGGUUGUAGAGGUGGAGGGAUUUUAUGGCGUGUAUCUGCUGUAUUGCACUAACCCGAAAUAUAAAGGUCGGAUCUACAUCGGAUUCACAGUCAACCCAGAGCGACGCAUCCAGCAGCACAAUGGAGGCAAACAGAAAGGAGGGGCUUGGAAGACCAGUGGGAGGGGCCCAUGGGAAAUGGUGUUGAUCGUCCAUGGAUUUCCAAAUGAUAUUGCUGCUUUAAGGUUUGAGUGGGCAUGGCAGCAUCCGCAUGUGUCUCGACGCCUCUCACAUGUGCCCCGUAAGACCAAGAAGCAGUCCAGCUUUGAUUUCCACCUAUUUGUCCUCUAUCACAUGUUACGUGUGGCCCCAUGGAACCGUUUGCCCCUCACCUUGCGCUGGCUAAGACAGGAAUACCACAAGGAGCUUCCCCCCCUCCUCCAACCACCUCUGCAUAUGCCUCUGGCGUUUGGACAAGUGCGGGCUAGGCCAAUCUCUAAAGCUGUAGGAGACAAGGGCAGAUCAGCAGCGGAGAAGGCCAGGGAGAGGGAAGAAGCAGAGGAGUGUAAUGUUCUACGAGAGGUCAUCCCUCAGAGAUGUCGUGUUUGUUACCAGAAAGUGCAGGGUGAAGACGAUUCUUUACACUGCUUCCAUCCCGGCUGCUCGCUGACUGCACACAUCUUGUGUCUGGCAAAACUCUUCUUACAACAGGAGCCAGAACAUCUUAUCCCCGUGGAGGGGAUCUGCCCCAGCUGUGGCCAUUCUGUACUGUGGGGAGAUCUGAUUAGAUUCAAGAAAGGCUGCUACGGAGACUUGGAAGAGCUCUCGAACUCCCAGUCACACUGGGCAGAUGAGUUACAGAACGGCUCCUGAAAUAGACUGGUGACUCCACUACACUCCAUGGAAAGUACAAUGUGCUGCUCCCAUCAAUCCUGACGACGCAUGUGUACGAUGGACUUUGUUGGAUCUAAAUCUACAAGAAGCUUAGUUUACAAAGAAUGAACCAGCCUAUUAAAAAUAACUGUCACAUAAAUCCAAUCAAAUUCACACGUGUAUAUAUAAAAUGUAUUUAUUCAAACUGUAAUUUAUACACUUGCAAGGAAAAGCAGGUUUUUAAUCUUGGUGCAUUCUGUGCCCAUUCUACUCAUGUACAGAUACUGUAUUGAAUAAAAAAAAAAGUUAAAAAUGUUACCCUU